UACGGAGGGUUGGAUGUUAUAAAAUGGCUAUCUGGGCUGACGGGGACAGCGAAGAGAAAUGCAAGCUGAUAACGACUUGAAGACAUCAAGACCUGAGAAAGGAAAGUGUCGCGAUUGGCUAUAGAGAGAGGAAACAGGAGUUGGCACUUGAUAUAAUAAAUAAACAGUCCACUGAGCAAACUGCAGCCUUCAGCCUCAAGCCCCCUUCCAUGUGGACAUAAAAGGAGAGUCAAGAAGGGGUUGAGGCUCUACUAAGUGUACUUACCCGACGUGGGCUUGCUUACCGAUCUACUGCGGGAACCUCCAAAUUGAUGUUUCGUCCCAGAUCUCGUUGCGUUGCAACACCCCUCACCGGAAAUGGCCCAACUGAUCCAUUGCGCUCGAUAAAGAGUAUAGAUAGGUGAAGAGAUAAGAGCAAACAAGUCAACGGCGACAUCAUCUGCACCUCAGCGCAUCGGCACGUGACUGGUCUCCCUCCUCCGCCCUCUACGAACAGGUUAUCGACCUAGGUUUGACAAAACCCAGUGCGGAGCCGCCUGCACGCCGGCCCGAGAGCCAGAUCUCUGUUCAUCUUCGCCAUGGCCUACGCAAUCCGGCACCUGCUCGGCAUGCCUAACCGCGCGAACCUCGUCGCAGCCGUAGCGACGAUGCGCCUCCCGCCUCUGGGCCGGACCCCGAUUUCGGCACUGCGGCUACCGGCGUCCGGAGGAGCCCUACGUCUGUAUUCGAGCGCCCGCGUGAAGGACAUGGGAGACGCCGAUAUCAACGCGCUGAGGGCGCAGCAGGCUAGGCUCAUGGACACGUUGCAUUCCACUUGUGCAUUCGGCACGGGGAAGCGCUGGGGGAGCGCGCCGACGGAGACGGGCAUGUCGCGGCUCUCGCUCAGCGACGCGGACAAGCAGGCGCGGGACUGGUUCGUGGCGACGGCGCGCGGGCUCGGGUGCGACGUCACCGUUGACGCGAUGGGCAACAUCUUCGCGGUGCGGCCUGGCCGCCGCCCCGGCCCGCCCACCUUCGCCGGCUCCCACCUCGACACCCAGCCGAGCGGCGGCCGCUACGACGGCAUCCUCGGCAUCCUCGCCGGUAUCGAGAUGCUCACCGUGCUGCGCGACAACAAGAUCGAGACCGAGUUCCCCGUCGGCGUCGUCAAUUGGACUAACGAGGAGGGCGCGCGCUUCCCCAUAAGUAUGGUCUCGUCGGGGGUGUGGGCAGGGGAGAUCCCGCUCGAGCGCGCGCACAACCUGAAAGAAGUUGGGGGGGGCACGGCGACGAUGAAGUCGGAGCUCGAGCGCAUCGGCUACCUCGGGUCGACGCCGGCGAGCUACCGCAGCACGCCCAUGGCGGCGCACUUCGAGCUCCACAUCGAGCAGGGCCCCAUCCUCGAGGCCGAGCAGAAGAAGGUCGGUGUCGUCCGCGGCGUCCAGGCCUACCGGUGGUUCACCAUCGACGUGUUCGGGCGGGAGGCGCACACCGGCACGACGCCGCUCGCGAACCGCGCGGACGCCAUGCUCGUCGCCGCGCGGCUCAUCACGCACUCGCACCGCGUGGCGACGGCGCACGCGGCGCUCGCGUCGACGGGCAUCCUGACGCUGAGCCCUGGCAGCACGAACACGAUACCCGGGCGCGUGACCUUCACGCUGGACGUGCGCGCGCCCGCGGACGCGACCGUCGAUGCCGCCGAGGCCGACCUGCGCCGUGACUUCGCCGACCUAGCCGCCGGCCGCGACAUCGGUGGCUUAACCAACUACUUCUCGACGCCACGCGCACAGGGCGCCGGCGUGGCCCCUCCGCGCGUCGAGUGGCGCACCGAUACCGAUUCGAAGGCGACCGUUUUCGACGACGAGUGCGUCGGCGCCGUGAGGAGCGCCGCCGAGGCGGUGGUGGGAGGACAGGGAGCGGGGGAAGAGUCGGGGUUGGUCCGCGAGCUGUCGAGCGGCGCCGGGCACGACAGCGUGUACACCAACCGCAGGUGCCCGACCGCUAUGAUCUUCGUGCCGUCGCGCGCUGGCGUGAGCCACCACCCUGAGGAGUACACAAGCCCCGAAGGCUGCACGACCGGCGCGUCGGUGCUGCUGCAGAGUGUACUAAGGUACGACCGCUUACGGGCGAGGAGAGAGUGAGGAAGACGGGGCGAGGAGAAGGACACACUAGGGGGAGAGUAUAUAGAUAUGUAGAUAGGUUGAAAAUGUAUACUUGCUAGCGGGCGGGCGAGUGUGCGGGUGCGUUGGAGGCCUCCUACAUCUCUUCGGCAGGGAAAUGGCUGGAGUUGAUACGAUAUACAAAUGUUUCAGGCUAUCAAGUCAUGCGACAUCAUCGCGAGAUGAUUUGCG